AUGCCACUCAGAUCCAAUGUAUGGAGAGCUGGAGAGAGCUCCCGUCCGCAAGAUAGCCGUGGAAUCAGUCUGGCGCCUGAGCGCUCAGGGACCAAUCGCGGCCUCCCGACCUCUCUACCACGAAGGGACCAAGUCACGCGACCACCAUCUAGGGGCUAUCCACCAGUCGUCUUACGGCCCGCCUCGAGGCGUCAAGAAUAUUAUGAAGCUGAGUCUGAACUAUCAGCCACUGGGUCCAUCCCGGUGAUGGAAGAUCCACCGUUUUUCCCUUCAACUCGACAGACCCAGAUGACGCCCAACAGGGUAAGCCUGCGUCCACGACUGCUCACCAGCCGCCGUGAACCUACUUACCACAUUCAGCAAGGGCUUAAUAAUCUGACGCUAAGGCACAUGAGUACUCCCUUCUCUGAGGAUAUUAUGAACGCCCCAAAAGAGCCCAAGGUAAAAACUCCAACCAUUGAAGCUUAUGACGGUACCAUAGAUCCCGAUAUGCACCUAGUUGCAUACCGUCAUCAUAUGUAUGUUCAAGGAACCAAUAAGGCCACUUGGUGCAAAUAUUUCCCGGCCACUCUCAAAGGAGUAGCGUCUAAAUGGUUUGAGCGAUUGCUCCCAGGGUCAAUUGCCUCUUUCAACGAACUGCAAACCCUGUUCUCCACCAGGUUCAUGGCACACAAGGAAGAAAGGAAAACCAGUAUGCACUUGGGACGAAUUCAACAGGGGAAGGAUGAGUCACUGAGAAGCUAUGUGAAAUGCUUUAACCUAGAGGCCGGACAAAUCCCAGAAAUGCCGGACGGCGUCUCCUUCGAUAAUUUUAUCAGAGGGCUGAAGAAGGGAUCCUUUAAGUUUGACCUAGUCAAGAAAAGUGUAAGGACUAUGGCUGAGGCUUUGGACGAGGCCGAAGCAUUUAUCCAUGCAACAGAAAUAUGCAGCGCGUCAAAAGAUGGAAGGAUUGGAGAAGCAACAGAUUCCUCAGGGAAGAAAGACAAGAUAGACAGAAAAGCCCCACGAGUUAAUGGUACGUGGGCACUCUCAAAAGAGCAUGAUAACAAUUCUCCUGGACACAAGAGAGAACGUCCACAAGAAAGAGAAUACUUCGAGUAUAACACAGAUCUCCUCACAAAACUGAAAGAUGUUAGAACCAGGUAUGACCUUGAACGACCUUUCCCCAUGAAGUCUCCUGCUGAGAGUCGAGACCCUAAGUUAUAUUGCCAGUUCCAUGAAGACAUAGGGCAUGAAACCAAAAACUGCAGGAGCCUGAAGAGAGCUCUAGACGGCCUAGCCUCUAAAGGACAUCUCAAGAACUACUUACAGAGGAAUUCUCACGGCUCUGGGAAGAGCCAGUACAAAAAGAACAAGUCACCUGUAAUGCUGUCAGGAAAGUCACCUCUGGACCCAUUCCCGCGGAUCGAGAUAUGUGAGUCAGAUGGUGGACGAAUAGCCACUCUGCAUGAUGAUCCCUUGGUGGUCGAGUUCAAAAUAUCCAAUAUGAGGGUGAAGCGCAUCUUAAUAGACACGAGGAGCUCGUUUGACAUAAUGAGCCUGGAAUGCCUCAACCGCCUAGCACAUGACCCCAAAACCAUGGAUAGCAUACACUAUCCCAUUAUUGGUUUUGGAGGAAGCAUUAUGCAUCCUGUAGGCGUCAUCACUCUGCCGGUUUGGAUUGGGGAUAGAAAAGACGGACGGAAGAUGGAAGUGAACUUCCUAAUUGUUAAGGACUUGACAGCGUACAACGUCAUCUUGGGACCACCCACCCUGAACAAGAUUAAAGUAGUAGUCGUCACCCAUCUGAUGCUCUUGAAGUUUGUAUGUGAUGAUGGGGCAAUAGGAACCAUACAUGGAAACCAGCAACAAGCAAGAGACUGCUACCUCACCACCCUCAACCCGUCAGCAUGGAAGAAAGAUUCGGCCGAAGCCAGAAGCAAAAGAAAGCAUGAAGAAUAA